AUGAACAUCUCUAAGUAUGCUCUCUCACUCCUUUUCACUUUAGCGAGGCAAAAUUUGUCACAUUUCGUUGGCAAAAUUUGCAGUGAGUGAUUCAUCGUUUAAUCAUCGAUCGUAACGUCAAAAGCAUAGCGCAACACAGCAGACAGCAACACUAGACCAACAUCGAACCAAAAUGCCCAAGAAUAAGGGAAAAGGUGGUAAAAAUCGUCGUCGUGGAAAGAAUGAAAAUGAGUUCGAGAAGCGUGAACUGAUCUUCAAAGAGGAUCAACAAGAGUACGCACAGGUGACCAAAAUGCUGGGCAACGGUCGCUUGGAGGCAAUGUGCUUUGAUGGCGUCAAACGUCUGUGUCACAUUCGGGGGAAACUUCGUAAGAAGGUAUGGAUCAAUCAGGGGGACAUUAUAUUGGUCGGCUUGCGUGAUUAUCAGGAUUCAAAGGCCGAUGUCAUCUUGAAGUACACACCGGAUGAGGCUCGAAAUCUGAAGACAUACGGCGAAUUUCCGGAAUCGGUGCGCAUUAACGAGACAGUCACAUUCGUUGAGGAUGGCUUCGAUGAGGAUAUUGAGUUCGGCGAUGAGAUUAGUUCUGAGGACGACGCUGAUUCCGUUGACAAUAUCUGAUUAACAAGAAAUAAACCAACAGCAGCAACCGAAACAGCAGCCGCAGAGUCAAAUCAAGAAUAGGGAAUUUAACAAAUUUGUAAAAAGCCGACAGCCCCCAAACUCCACAUAGACCUACACACGCUCACAGCCACACCCACAAAUACCCAAACCGAAUUAUAAAAACGACCCGAGCGACACAGUGACAGCGCAAGCUGAACGGAAGUUACAGAAGUCCAGUAAUUCAAUCAACAAAUACAUUUUUAAAAAUUCGAGUGUUACUUUCAAUAAAUUUCUAACUUUUAUUUCGAAUGCCAAAAAUUAAAAUUGUUCGCUUUUCAACCGCAAUUUUCAAUUCUGAAAUUAUGUAAAACAACUAGGAGAACUUUUAUAUAUAUAUAUAAAGAAAAAACAAAAAAGAAUAAGAAAACAAUGGAGAUAAGUGCAGCAAUGCUAAAUACAAACAUAUUAUUAUUUCAAUUAAAAACAACAAAACGAUA